AUGUCUUCAGAUCUAUCCCACCAAAUCCAGUCGAAACUCGACGCUGCCAUAGAUCGAUAUGUUGCUCGCAACCCACGAUCCAAGGCUUUACAUGAAGAGGCCCUCAAAUCAAUGCCAGGCGGUAACACAAGAACUGUUCUCCAUACGAGCCCUUUCCCGGUUGCCAUCAAGUCUGGCCAAGGAUAUCAGGUUACGUCCGAAGACGGGCAUGUAUAUACAGAUCUGGCCGGGGAGUUCACGGCGGCUCUCUAUGGACAUUCCAACCCCGUCAUCAUGUCGGCGAUUCGACAUGUGCUGGAUAAUGUCGGCAUGAAUGUAGGUGGUAACACAGCGCAAGAGCAAUUGUUCGCUCGCGAACUUUGCAGCCGCUUCAACCUUGAACAUGUUCGCUUUUGCAACUCGGGUACCGAGGCCAACAUCCAUGCUCUAGCAGCUGCGCGGGCCUUCACCAAGAAGAGAAGAGUGGUGGCUUUCUCUGGAGGCUACCAUGGCGCAGUCAUAGGUUUCAAGGUAGGGAAGCCAGAAGGUAACAAUGUGGACAUGGACGACUGGGUAGUGGCCAGGUAUAACGAUCUUGACAGUGCUCGUACUGCCAUUGAGAGUGAUGGUGUCGCUGCUGUCUUGAUAGAAGGAAUGCAGGGCUCUGGAGGUGGUCUUCCAGCGAUGCCUGAGUUUCUCCAAGGCGUUCAGGAUAUUGCUGCAAAGGCCGGCGUCUUGUUCAUCAUGGACGAAGUCAUGACUUCCCGUCUUUCUGGGGGAGGCAUCUCGGAACUAAGAGGCCUUAAGCCAGAUCUCAAGACCUUUGGCAAAUACCUCGGGGGAGGUCUUGCUUUUGGGGCUUUCGGCGGCAGGGCGGAUAUCAUGGCAGCGUUCGAUCCUCGAUCUCCAAAUGCACUCUCUCAUUCAGGCACCUUCAACAACAACACUUUGGUGACUCACGCUGGAUAUGCUGGUUUGACCAAGAUCUACACACCUGAAGUCGCAAACCGGUUUACAAAGUCUGGUCAUGAGCUUAGGGAACGGCUCAAUGCCGUAACGGAGGGUACAAGAGUACUCUUUACUGGUCUUGGUACAAUCAUGGGAGUGCACUUCACCACGCAUGGUGAUCGAGUAAUCGAGCGAUCUGGAGAGGUUGAAGAGAUCGAUGCUUUGAGAGACCUGUUUUGGUUUGAGAUGCUGGAAGAAGGAUUCUGGGUUGUCCGUAGAGGGUUCAUUGCUCUGGUGCUUGAAACACCAACAGCUGAGUUUGACAAGUUUGUCAACUGCGUUGAGGCGUGGGUGUCUAAGCAUGCAGACCUGGUGAAGCUCUAG